GAGCUUCGUCACUUUCUCCGCUUUGUGCUGCCCGCCCCGGUCUGUCUCCAGUCAGGGGGAUCCCGUAGGUCACCGGUGUAGUGAAACCAUGACCUGACCGGUGUACCCGGCUUUAUCUGCGCUUCCUCUGAACAGGCGGUCCCGGAGGCGAGCGGCCGGCGGAGGAGGCGGAGGAGGCGGAGGAGGAGGCAUGCGUCUGGGCAGCAGCUGGAGGUGGCAGCUCUCCCGCGCCAUGAGGCAGGCGCUGCGCUGGUGCCGACUGUGCCGGCGGCGGAACGUGGGUCGGGUCGGGGGCGGCGGAGGGCGUCUCGGAGCCAGGCUGAUGGCGCUGUGGAGGUACGGCCGGCUGCUGCUGCGCUCCCUGUACUACAACAGCCUGAGCGACUCGGACACGCUGCUGGACUGCGCCUUUGAGCCGGUGUACUGGAUCGUGGACAACGUCACCCGCUGGUUUGGAGUGGUGUUCGUGUGCCUGGUGGUCCUGCUGACGUCCUCUGUGGUGAUCAUCGUCUACCUGUUCGUCCUACCAACCAUCCUCAGCACUUACCCCCUGCACUGGAUCGCCUGGCAUCUGUGCUGCGGCCACUGGCUGCUCCUCCUGGUGGUCUUCCACUACUACAAGGCCACCACCACCUCCCCUGGACACCCCCCCAAGGACAAACGGGACGUCCCCUCUGUUUCCGUCUGUAAGAAGUGCAUCACGCCCAAACCACCAAGGACCCAUCACUGUAGCAUCUGCAGCGUGUGCGUUCUGAAGAUGGACCAUCACUGCCCCUGGCUGAACAACUGUGUGGGCCACCUGAACCAUCGCUACUUCUUCUCCUUCUGCCUCUACAUGACCCUGGGCUGCAUGUACUGCAGCAUCAGCAGCAGGAACCUGUUUCUGGAGGCUUACAGCGUCAUCGAGACUUCCUUUCAGGCGACUCCUCCAGACACCAGCCCCAGAGAAAGCGUUGCCCACAAGUGCAUCAUCUUCCUCUGGGUUCUGACCAGCUCGGUCGCGGUCGCUCUGGGAGGACUCACCCUGUGGCACGCCAAGCUCAUCAGCAGAGGCGAGACCAGCGUGGAGCGCCACAUCAACCGCAAGGAGGCCAGACGGCUGCAGGAGAAGGGCAAGGUGUUCAGAAAUCCAUUCCAUCACGGCAGACUGAACAACUGGAAGUUGUUUUUUGGAGUGGAAACAAGGAGGCACUGGCUCACACGGGUCCUCCUACCGUCCAGCCAUCCUCCCAGUGGAGACGGCAUCAUGUGGGACUGCACCUUCACCAGAAGCGACCCUAUGGCCAUCUGACCUUUUGAUUCCCCUCUGAUCCAACAUGACACCCUCCAGUCAGCGAGGGCUUGCUUGUGGCACACACACAGAGAGAGAACGCCCACCCUGGCUGCUUUAGUCUCGCCGCCUGAAAUCAUCCGGCAGUGGAGAACAAGCUGGACUCUAAACAGCGGGAAGUAAAUGUGACUCGUUUGCUUAGGAUUAGUUGUCAUAUCCUGUCCUCAGAGCUGCAAGCGCCGCAGUUCUGACCCGAGACUGCACAGCUGCUGCUGGCCAGCAUGUUGGGGAGGAGUCAGAGGACCGGACCGUCUGCUUAUUCUGAGGACGGAGGUCUUGAAUGCGUAGUGGGCUGUAACUGUGGGUCGGGCGCCGAGGGCACAGCCAAGUGUGUUUGUGGGAUUCAUUUCCAUGUUUGUGUUGUUGACAACUUUACCCGGUUACUUCCUGUUGUACGUUUUGAGGAGAGUGAAAGGGGGGGGCUACAUUUAGCACUACUGAUCCGACGCUUCCUGGCGCCAAAGCAAGAGAAAAAUGAUGAACUUCAAACAUCUCAGUGGUGUAGGAGAAAGGGAGGACAAAAACUGCAACUCCUUUCAGUCUUUUUGGCUCUUUUUUCAUGUCUGUUUAGCUGUAAAUAAGCCCAUUUAAAUUAGCAAAUGAUGCACUGUGAAAUAAUUUCCAUUAAGGUCUUUGAUUUCAAUGCUUCUAGCAGUAACUGUGGGAGGGAUAAGCAGGAUUUGUUACCUUAGAACUAUGACAAGAUUCUGAUGGAAUCAGUGACCAACAGGAGCUGUGCUCCACUUUUCUUUUUAAAUAAAACACGUUUAGUUAUUUUCUG